AUUUUUCAUUAUCACUAUCAGCCAAGAAAAAACCCUUCUAUCUUCAUUAAAGUUAUAAGCACAGAAUUGAAGAUCCAUGCAAGGAGGAUGAGUGUGUUCUCAACCCAAAUGCAAAUUCUAAAAGCAGCAACAACAGCCAGAGCUGCAACAUUCAAUCCAUCCCUCAUCAAGAACCUGAUCAAAGAACCCAGUUCGAUUUCGUCGAAACAGAACUCCUUCCUCAGGGGUCAAUUCAAUAUCAAACACUUCCUUGAAAUCACCUCAAGGCAUCGUUUGAGAAGCCAAGCAGGAACAGUAGUUGUGCCUAGUUGUGUUCUUCCAUUAACCGAAGAGAAUGUAGAGAGAGUGCUUGAGGAAGUGCGGCCAGGCCUAAUGGCCGAUGGAGGGAACGUCGCACUGCAUGAGAUCGAUGGGCUUGUUGUGGUACUAAAGCUACAAGGAGCAUGUGGUUCAUGUCCAAGUUCAACUAUGACCUUGAAGAUGGGAAUUGAAACUCGUCUCAGGGAUAAGAUACCUGAAAUCCAGGAAGUGGAGCAGAUUAUGGACACAGAGACUGGACUUGAGCUCAAUGAGGAAAACGUCGAAAAGAUUCUUGCAGAGAUAAGGCCGUAUCUUGGGGGUACAGGAGGUGGAGAGCUAGAGCUUAUUCAGAUCGAUGGAUAUGUUGUUAAGGUCAAACUCAAUGGACCAGCAGCAGGUGUUAUGACAGUUCGGGUUGCUCUAACUCAAAAAUUGAGAGAAAAAAUACCUGCAAUAGCGGCUGUCCAGCUAACAGACAAGUAACCCACUGAGAGUAUCAUUUAUUGUUUUUAGAAAAGAAAAA